CGCCUAUAUACUACACUGGCGCCUAAACUAUACACCCGGCGCUUAGUGUUGCGGCGCCAACACUACAGUUGCCUGUAUGUAUUGUUAACAAGAUCUUGUGGUUACAUAUUUUCCCCGCUAUGCGUGAAUUUGAAAACUAGUGAAUUCUUGGAAUUGUUGUUUUAUGCCAAACCAUGGACGGAACUAUGUUCAUGAAUCAGUGAAUAAAUAGUGAACAAAGUAAAUUAAAAUGUUAAGUUUUAUUCUUAUGUUUACUUUAUUUUUCGCUUUGGCGGAUUCAAGGGUUCGAACAUCGGGACGACUUAUAGCUCGACCCAGAAUAGAGAAGUGUAAUGCUCGACCUAAACACUAUCUGGACAAAAGAACAGGACAUUACUAUUUCUUCUCAGGAAAAACUGAUUAUGGAAGUUAUGAAGCAAGUUGGCUUGACGCAAGAAAUAUUUGCAGGGAGAUGUGUAUGGACCUGGUGUCCCUCGAGACCUCGGAGGAGAACAUGAUGGUGGAGGCCGUCAUCAAACAGUAUGAGGUGGACGAUAUCUGGACUUCUGGCAGACUCUGUAACUUCCAUGGAUGUGAUGCUCCACAUCUACAACCUAAAAAUAUUAAAGGAUGGUUCUGGUCUGGCUCAGGAUCUUCUAUUCCUCCGACCAAUGAGACUGCUCCGGGAUGGAAGGAUAACCCUUGGUCUGAUACAGGUUUCCUGUCUCAGUUCGUCUCUAAACCAGUUCCACAGCCGGACAAUGCUGAGUACCUACUCCAACGCUCUGGGGUCACCAUUGAAGCAUGUUUAUCAGUUCAAAAUAACUGGUAUUCAGAUGGAAUAGAAUGGCAUGAUGCAGCAUGUUACAGAACAAAGCAAUUUAUCUGCGAGGAUUCAGAUGUGAUGAUGAACUUUAUGAAGAAAACUCAUCCGAACUUUGUACUCAGAUAGUACACACAUCUUACAGGGACAGUGUACUUAGAUAGUACACACAUCUUACAGGGACAGUGUACUUAGAUAGUACACACAUCUUACAUUAAAUAGUACGCAGAUCUUAGUGUACUCAGAUAGUACACACACCUGAUAGUGAUAGUGUUUUAAGAUAAUACACAAAUCUUACAGAACAGUGUUCUCAGAUAGUUAACAGAUCUAACAGGGACAUUGUACUCAGAUAGUACACCGAUCUUACAGAGACAUUGUACUCAUAUAGUACUUAGAUCUUACAGGUAUAGUUUACUCAGAUAGUAAACAGAUCUUACAGAGAUAGUGUACUCAGAUAGUACACAGGUCUUAAAGUGAUAGUGUAGUCAGAUAGUACACAGAUAAAACGGUGCAGUGGCAUUGCACAAUAUAAUAAUGUACACAAAUAUUAAAGUGUCAUUAGUACUUAGUACUAAGAUAGUACACAAAUAGCUCACUGAACCAAUGCAAAGAUAUCAGUUUACUAAAAAAUGGCACUCUACCAUCAUAUUCAAAAUCCACAAUAACUUUCCAAUACUUUUGAAAAAUAUUACAAAUGCUACAGCAGCAUGGUACACUCAGUUUACCACUUGUAGUUCAUGUAUAUAGUACAUAUUCAACGUACUCCUCCUCAGUUAUUAGUAAAAAGUGUACAAACACAGACUUAAAAAGUACACAAGUCACUAUGAUCUUGCCAUGCUACAUUUGUUGCAUAAAACGUGCUGGGUCAACUCUACACUGGGUAGCGUGACUGGACGGUACGUUGGACUGUAAUUUUUUCAUUUAUAUAUUUUUGCAACCCAGUGGCGUAAACCUUAGAUUAUUCAAACUAUGAAUUCUGUUUGG